CCCGAGGCCCAGACGGACAGGUUUUUUGUGUUGGGGGUUCUACGUCGCGCUCGUUCUGGGCACACAGUACAGCAGUCAGGUCGCUAAGGCAUUGAGGACGCAUAAGUAACCUGGAAAGCUCACUUAGAUUAGCAAAUUCCACUGCCGCCCGCGUGCGGCGAGUGAAUGUCUUCUUUUCGUGGCCGUAUCGCACCGAUGGCGAGUCCAGGCCCGAUUGGAGAGUCUGAAGAGCAAAAUCUAAAGGUGCUGGACCAGAACGGCCAGCCGUUGAAGGCAGCGACUGGCAACAAUGGAGCGCAUGCGGACGUUCUGCCGGGCGCUGUAGCAGUGAAAGGCGAUGUUGAGAUGGCGCAACGUGAGCCAUCACUUCCGCCCCCGGGCACGCCGGUAGCGCCGGAGCCGCCUGCGGCACCGGGUGCGCCCGAAUCGGACGCGGGUGAGACCUACAUCUCGGUCACCUACUUUGACAUCCUCAAGCACUUCAGCCUCAUGGGCUACAUCGGCUUCGGAGGUCCCGCUGCCCACAUUGGUAGGUAACAAGUGGGGCCGUGACGGAGGAAGGACGGGCAGGCGAACGCGGGACCU